UUUUUUUCCAAGUGAAAAAAAUAUAUGCUUUUUGGUCAGGUGGUCGGUAGUUGUGUGAGGUGUCAUCCAUCGUUACGUUACGUGACGGAUCCACCUGCAGUGAAUGCUGGGACCUCUUUUCGGCGCGAAAUUUCGACAUCAACUCUGGCAUCCUUGGUGUUGACACAAUCUACUUGUCAUGCCUUUUAAUUUUUACCGUUUUAACGUUUUUAGAAGGUCUAAGUGUGUCUUAUUUUAGCACCUGCAGCAGUUUUAUGGAUAGGGAGCUAUAUGACUCGAUCAAAGCGGAAAAUUAUAGUGUUGCCAAAGAUCUGUGUUUGAAAGGUGCCAAAGCAGACAGGUUAAUCGACGGCAUCACAGCUCUUCACCUUUUAUCUGGACAUGAAAGCCAAGAAGCUUCCAACAUCUUAGAAGUGUGUGUAAAGCAAGCUGAAUGUAAUCCGAAUGUCAAAUCCAUUGAAGGGUUGACCCCUGUCCAUGUGGCUGCCCUGUGGGGUAGAUAUCGUAAUUUAGAGAUUUUGACAGCCUCUGGCGGAAACAUCAGUGAAACUGAUGACGAGGGAAAUAAUGCCCUGGAUUUUACUGAGGAUACACUGUGUAUCAAACUACUGCUUGAACUUGAGAGUUCAGGAGAGAGUCACAUCUCUGCAAAUGCCCUUCAAGUGCACAAUGCAGGAAUAAAUGAACACCCUGUUUGUUUAAAGACAAGAACUGAUGACGAUUCUGAGUUUUCAGAAUCCUUUCACACAGCAAUCGAUGAAAGUAUCCUUGAUCGUACAGUUGUGACAUUUCCAAAGCUGCAUCCAUGGAAUGCUAGUCACUCUUCAAUGUGUGGCCUUGAUGAUACUGUUGUUGAUUCCUUUACCAACCUCAGCAUUUCUAGUUACAGCUUUGUGGACGAUCAAACCUUAGACGAGACAAGUGGACAAAGCACAUUUGAACAACAGAGCUUUCACGAGAAUGAUUCAAUAACUGAAGACCUUGGUGACACGACAAUUUUCUACGACUGGAAGGAAUGCAGCACUGUAUUUGACCAGUCAGCUGCAGUUUUAAAUGACUCUGUAAUUGUUCCAGAGACUCUUCGAAAACUCUCCGAUAGUGAGCUCAGGAAAGAGUUACAAAAAUAUGGAGAAAUUCCGGGUCCUAUCAUGCCAAGCACAAGGAAUGUUUACAUCAAAAGGCUGGCUAGACUUCAUUGUGGUGCAACGAAUUCAAAGGACACACAAUAUAAUGAGUAUCUUCCUGAGCUCAGAAAACAUCUCGAAGGACGAGCGGCGACCCCGGAUGUAUUUGCUUGUGAAGAAUCCAUGUGCAUUGAGUUUGACCGUAAAAAGAAUUGGCGGGAGGGAACUGAAAAGUCAUCUUUCAACUACUUACUAAUUGACCCGCGUGUCACACAAAAUUUACCAGCGAGAGCCAAAAAGAUGACCGCAGAAGACGUUUUCAGAGUGUUCAUUAUGUCCAUCUUCUACGUUGGGAAGGGUAAACGUUCAAGGCCGUACGCUCACCUCAACGAAGCUCUGAACUCUGCAAAGCAAAAUCCCAAAAUUCAGCAAAUUAAAGACAUAUGGUCGGCCGGUCUAGGAGUUGUGUCUCUGCAUAUUUUUCAGAGCGUGAUUCCAGUCGAGGCGUACACACGUGAAGCGUGUAUGAUAGACGCGUUAGGUCUCUCCCGUCUAACCAACAAAAAGAGGGGAGACUAUUACGGCAGAGCGCAAACAUGGCCACAGUCGAAGAGGAGAGAAAUGGGCGUCUUUCUUUUAAAGCGAGCACUCAAAAUAUUACUUAGUGAGGGAGAAAGGCAGCUGCGUGCUGGAGAUUUGCGUAUCACCCAAACUUCAUAGAUCCAUUGUCCAUUUUCAAGCACCAAGUAGGAUCCACAUGUUCCUUUAUCGACGUGAAAAUAGGCUCCUUUUAACGUCAUUUUUAUGCCAUUUUUACGCCGUUUUUACAUUUUAAAUCUUCAGGUCUAAACUUUUUAAUCAUUUUAACAAUAUUGUUUACUUGCUUUUUAAGACAAAUCUUCGAAAAGCUCUCUUAACAAAACCUACUGGCAUGUAAACAGUUUUGACUAAUCUGCAAAAUUUUAUACUUGUCUGUAAUUUAAGAAAAAAGAAACAUUGUUUAAGUAGAAUAUGUCUGAAGGGGCACCAGUCGUACUUCAGAAGAGUUAUGAAACAGCAAAAAUCAACGACAACUUAUUUUAUGACAGUUUCAGUGACAUGUUUUAGCCUAAGAUGUGAAUAUUUAAUGUAUAUAGAAACUAUAUGUUAUUUAUUGUUGUUUUCAAGGCCGUUUUAGGUAGUAUGCCAAAGGGCCCACGAAUUCGUAAAAAUGUAAAAAAUAAGGCCAAAAAAAUGAUAGUUAAGUUUUGCAAAUUGGUUUUGAUCGGUUUUAAAACCUCGACGGCCGAAGUAAUCAAAAAGUAACUUCUGAAAAAGAAGUUUAUUUUUUUUGUUAACUCUCAGUCUGUGUAAAUAAAUAUACUAAACCUACAAGGCGAUUUUACGAAGUUUACGAAAGUGGAGAUCAAAGUAGUGUAAAUUAGACAGUUAACGCUUUCUUUGCCUGUUAGUAGAGGCGUUUCACCCGUGCUACUGAAGACACGGGAAAAAUGGCGUCAGCCAUUUUGUUUUUGGACACUUCUCAUUGGCCAAAACGUAACACAUUCCUGCUGAUUGGAUGAAGUGUCCCGCGCGUUUUUCGUGAACCAAUCAGCUAGCGGGGAUGAAAGAAGAUGGGGAAAAAAAGCCAGAAAAAAACGCUUGCCCAGAUUUCGAAAUUUCCUUAGAAGUAACUUCUAGGAAUCAAGGACGCAGGCAAUUGGGAAUUUAAUCUUUACCGUUACCCAGGAAUUUUAAGAUUUUUUUUAGCUCUAGUACGUCGGGUAAGACGGCCAGAAUUCUAAGUAGUAUUCAUAUUUCUGACGUUUUUUUUCCAAGAAAAUGUAGUGUAGAAGUUUUACUUAUUUCCACUUGAAGCUCUCGGCUCAGAAAGAGUUGAUUAUCAAAAGAGUAAAUUUUUUUAUGGAGCUUCUAGCACGAGAAGGAUAAAUCUUUUUAGAAUUAUAGAACAUAGUUGUAUAUUUAGAAAAUAUACGUUUGUUUAAACAUCGACGUAUUAAGCAGUUGUUGAGUUGUAAAUAAAUCUGUUUCAAGUUAAAAUACGACCUUAUAUUUGUCUCUUCAAGAAAUAACGCGCACUCUUGUUUGGACUGAACGUCAUUUGUUUUUGCAAUGGGUCUGACCUGAAAAUAUUCAUGUUCUUUCCUUGAUAAUUUGAAAGAAAAAGCUCGCCCUGCUGUGCUGCGGUGAAUCUAAAUCAUUUUAAAAUGAAGACAGAAAUGCAGUGCACAAUUGAUUGCGGAGAAGAACAUUCUAAAAUCUCACGUUUUACAUUCCAUUUUCGUAACAAAUGGAAAAAUUGUGGUGUUCUCUUUUUCAGUUGAUGUCACAAUAAGGAUAUCAAAUAACUGCCCAAUCAUGGGUAUACAAAUUACGGUCAUUUUCGUGACGUAAACGGUUACCAUGUAACCACACUAACAACCCGUUUUUAACACCCUUAAUUUGCGCUCAAAAACGAGUCUAGUGACUCCAAUUUUUUUUGCCAAGUUGUGGCAGUGAGUUCUGGACCUCUUUUUGGGAUUAAGGAUUGCAAUGAAGCCCGGCGCUCCCUUAAUUUGUUUUCAAACUUUGCGAAAAGUCGAAUCUUCACACGCUGCUCAUAAUUCGAUAAUAAAACAUGGGGGUUACAAAACUCGUUUUUGAAUCACAGUUAAGGGUAUUGUUAACAGGUCAUGCGUGGCCAUGGUAACUUGAAUGGUAGUAUCGAUCCAGCAAAGUAGAAGUCCUAA